CGGGCGGACCUAGAUAAAUGUCAAGAUGCUCCUAAUUUAACAGCCAAAUAGAGGAUGCGAAGAACGGCUCCUGCUCUCUCGUGUGCGCAACUCGCUGGAAUUAUGUUUUCAAAGAUUUUUAUUUUGUGUUUGAUGUUAUUAAGCACCAUGCAUAUCGCAUCGUCUUUGGAGCUGCAGCUUGGGAUGCCAAAUGUUUGUCCUGACCAGGGGAUGUCUGUCUUGGGCGGCCGUCAGCCUUGUGUCCAGGCUUUUACCCGCAUGGUAAAGGUGUGGAAGCAGGGCUGCACAAGCCACAGAUGGUGUAUGAGCUACGAGAGAAGGACAGCAUAUUACACAGCAUACAGGCAAGUGUACAGCAUGGAUGUAUACACAGUGUAUAAGUGCUGCCCUGGCUGGACUCAGAGGGAUGAUGAGAUGGGUUGUUUACACAGAAUGUGCAGUGCUAAUACUUGUCUCAACGGUGGGAGAUGUACAGAGACUGGAGACCACAUUUGUCAUUGUCCAUUAGGCUUCAAAGGGACACGGUGCCAAUAUGACGUUAACGAAUGCGAGGUGGACAGCGGUGGCUGUGAGGGAUAUUGCUGCAACACUAUUGGCAGCUACUACUGCAAGUGUCCUGAAGGCUUCAGAGUGGGACCAGAUGGUAAAGCCUGUAAUGAUAUAAAUGAAUGCGAGGAACUCAAUGGAGGAUGCCAGCAAACAUGUGUCAACACACCGGGUUCGUAUCACUGUGAGUGUAGUGAAGGCUUUCGCAUGCACACUGACGGGCGGACCUGCAUUGCUGUGAAUUCUUGCUCUGUGCUAAACGGUGGAUGUGAGCACAAGUGUGUGAACAUGGGCAACAAUCACUACAAAUGUGAGUGCCGGAAGAACUACCAGCUGAAGCGAGAUGGGAGACACUGUGAAUUGAGAGACCCUUGUAAGGAAAAUAACGGAGGCUGCGCCCAGCUGUGCAUUUCAGAAGGCGACCAAGUUUCCUGCAGCUGCCGUUCUGGUUUUACAUUGGCUGUAGAUGGCAAGAACUGUCAAGACAUCGACGAGUGCAGCUCUGGUCAGGCCAUGUGUUCCCACGGCUGUGUCAACGUGCUGGGCUCCUUCAGCUGUGUGUGCCAUCCAGGUUUUGAGCUUGGUGCAGAUGGCAAGCAAUGCUACCGCAUUGAGAUGGAGAUCGUGAACAGCUGUGAGAAGAACAACGGAGGUUGCUCUCAUCAUUGUGAGCAUACCACCAACGGCCCCCUCUGCUCCUGCAAUCAAGGCUACCAGCUGGACCACGACAGGAAGACCUGUGUAGAUAGUAAUGAGUGUAUGAGUGGAGAAUCCUGCUGCAGACACUUCUGUAAGAACUACCCAGGCGGCUAUGAGUGCAGCUGCAGAGCUGGCUACAGGCUAAACCCAGACGGCUGUAGCUGCGAUGACAUUGAUGAGUGCCUAGCAGAGACUUCAGGCUGUGAACACUACUGUAUCAACACCUUGGGAACAUAUGAGUGUUUUUGUCAACAGGGCUUCCACCUGGAUCAGGACCAGCACUCCUGUAUCUCUCUUUAUGGCAGUAAACUGGAAGAGGAAGAAGAUGAAGAGCAGACAGAGCAGCUGGAGGUGGACAGAUUGCCAGACUUGCUGUUCCGCAAGGCUCCUCAGCUCCUCCACUACACAGCAGCCCUGCACUCCCAUUAUAGCACUGAUGAUGAUGAUGACAGUCAUCAUGGUAGUGACAAUGAAGAAUUAGAGAUCCAGAGAGAGCGUCGAGGAGAGCUAAGACUGGACAGCCACAUAGUGUGUCUGGAUGGCUCUUUUGGGGAUGACUGCAGUGUGAGCUGUGAAGACUGCUUAAAUGGAGGGUGUAGUGAAGGCAGAGACCGGUGUGAUUGUUCUCCUGGCUGGACUGGGCUCAUCUGUAAUGAAACUUGUCCACAGGGGAGCUAUGGGCAGGCCUGCAGCAGUCUAUGUCACUGUCAGAAUGGAGGCUCUUGUGAUCAAGUGACUGGGAAAUGUUUGUGCCCCCUAGGGGUGCAAGGCUUGCACUGUGAAGAUGGUUGUGCAAAGGGUUUUUUCGGGAGAAACUGUAGAAGAAAGUGUAACUGCCCCAACAAUGGACCCUGCCAUCAUUUGUAUGGAGCCUGCCUUUGCUCUCCAGGGUUAUACGGUCGUUUUUGCCAUCUUGUUUGUCCCAGGUGGACUCAUGGUGCCGGCUGUUCCAAAGAAUGCAAAUGUGUUCGAGAACUUUCCUCUGGCUGUGACCCCAAAACAGGAAGCUGUUUCUGUAAAGAGGGAUACCAUGGUCUGCAGUGUGAGAAAGAAUGUGAUCCAGGCUUUUUUGGUGCUGGCUGUGAGCAGCCAUGUGACUGUCCAGGUGGAGGGUUAUGUGACUCCAGGACUGGAGCGUGCAGCCAGCGAUGUCCUGCAGGCCUUCAUGGAGAUCACUGUCAGCUGGUGUGCCAAGCUGGAAGCUAUGGCGAGAGCUGUCGUCUGACCUGUGACUGCCAAGGAGCUCCUUGUGACCCCAUGACAGGACAAUGCAUCUGUUCCGCUGGGAAGACAGGAAACUCAUGCCAGGAAGAGUGCCCUGAUGGAUCCUGGGGGUUAAAGUGUCAGUUUUCCUGUCCUGCUUGUGAGAACAGCGGCUCCUGCAACAAGCAAACUGGUAUUUGUGACUGCAUGCCAGGCUUCAUGGGAAACCUCUGCCAAGAAGAGUGUCCUGCAGGGUACUAUGGAAAAGGCUGUCUUAUGCACUGUUCUUGCCACGCUGAUGCCAGAUGUGACCCACAGAAUGGACACUGCUCCUGUCCUCCUGGUAGAAGAGGCCAUGAUUGCGCAACACCAUGCCAACCAGGUUUCUGGGGCCAAGGCUGCAUCACUACAUGCAUGUGCCAGAACCGCUCUCUAGGCUGUGAUCCAGUCAACGGCCAGUGUGUGUGUGAGGCAGGCUACACUGGAGAACACUGUGAAAAAAAGUGUUUAAAUGGCAGUUAUGGUCAUGGCUGUGCUCAACAGUGCCAGUGUCAAAACGGAGCCCACUGUGACCAUGUGAGUGGAGCUUGCAUGUGCUCUCCCGGAUUUACUGGAACUUUCUGUGAAAAAAUGUGCCCGAACAGCUUUUACGGUCUUGACUGUGGCCAGAUGUGCGAGUGCAGGAACGGUGCCCGCUGCCACCACAUCACAGGAGCCUGCUUAUGCACCGCCGGCUGGGCAGGACCACACUGCAUUCUGGAAUGUCCAGAGGGUCAUUUUGGAGAGCAGUGCAGUCAGAUAUGUGAGUGUCAGAAUGAAGGCAGGUGUGACCACAUCACCGGGCGAUGCAGUUGCAUGGCCGGAUGGACUGGAGUCAACUGUCAACUACCCUGCCCUCCAGGACAUUACGGGAAAGAUUGUUCUGGUCAGUGUCUGUGUCAACAUGAAGGCUCUUGUAAUGACGUUAGUGGUCAGUGCUCCUGCCCACCAGGAUGGACUGGAGUUGCUUGUGAAUUAGAGUGUGAAGAAGGGCUUUAUGGAGAGAACUGCACCCAGAUCUGUAGAUGUGCAAAUGGAGGGAGAUGUGACCGAGUGACAGGAAAGUGUUUAUGUCUACCUGGUUGGAUAGGAGAGCUCUGUCAAUCAGCCUGUUCUAAGGGAUUCUUUGGCGAGAGCUGUGAGCAGAGGUGCGAGUGUGUCCACAGUUUGAGUUGCCACCAUGUGACGGGUCACUGUGAGUGUGAGUCAGGCUGGAGAGGAGCCAGGUGUGACAAAACCUGCCUCCCCGGGUUCUACGGCACUUCCUGUGCCCAGCGGUGUCAGUGCCAGGCUGGUGUGCCCUGUCAUCAUGAGAGUGGGAAUUGUGGCUGCCCAGCUGGACUCACGGGGCCUAGCUGCGAGAAAACCUGCCCUGCUGGCAUAUUUGGGCAAAACUGCAGUCAGCUGUGCCAAUGUUCCGGUGUCCAAGAACAGUGCCAUCCUGUUACCGGCAAAUGUAGCUGCUUACCUGGCUAUUAUGGGGCUCGCUGUGAGCUUCGAUGUCGAGCAGGUACUUUUGGACCAAACUGCAAGUCUAGGUGCACCUGCAUCAAUGGUGGUCGUUGUGACUUCAGGACUGGGACGUGCUACUGUUCUCCUGGCUACAUCGGAGCUGACUGUGGCUUAAGUUGUCCAAGUGGAUACUAUGGCAAGGAUUGUGUGAGGUUAUGCUCCUGUGGGGAAGGAGGGCAGUGCCACCCGACAACUGGGAGAUGUAUCUGUGGCCCUGGUAGGAUGGGCCAAUCCUGCCAACAAGCAUGUCCGAAGGGACGCUAUGGCCUGCAGUGUAAAAGCAUGUGCAGCUGUCAGAAUGGGGCUUUAUGUGACCCUGUUGAUGGGUCCUGCAAGUGUGGACUGGGCUGGACUGGACCCCACUGUGACACAGCCUGCUCAGAGGACAAAUAUGGCCUUAAUUGUGCAGAAGACUGUCUGUGCCUUAACAAUGGGACCUGUGACCGCUUUACUGGCAGCUGCAGAUGUGCUGCUGGCUACUAUGGGCCCUCCUGUCAACAUGAGUGCUCUUCUGGGUAUUAUGGAGUAAACUGUGCCCAAACAUGCGACUGUAAGGUGGGGCAAGCAUGUGACCACGUAACAGGCGAAUGUGUGUGUCCACCAGGGUACUAUGGUUCACAGUGCCAAAGACGAUGUGAAGCUGGCAGCUAUGGAUGGAGUUGUGCAAGGUCAUGUGACUGUGCUGGUGAGGCUGCAUGUGACCCAUUAACAGGACAGUGCCUUUGUCCCCCAGGGCGGACAGGACGGAGAUGUGAAAAAAACUGUGAUGGCAACCAUUUUGGCCCUGACUGCGCCCUGCUGUGCCAGUGUUCCAAGAAGUCCCACUGUGAUGGGGUGAGUGGGCGAUGCCUGUGUCCACUCACCUGGCUUGGCCCAAGUUGUAGUGAAGCAUGACGGCAGGCUUGAAGCUGUCUUCAUUUUACCUCCUCCAAGCCAAGCACACAGGAGACUACGUAGCAGUUACCUCUCCUCCACAAAGCCCCAGAAACAUUUGCUUUUGAUUUUCAAAUACUGCUGAUGUCUUCUUGCCUUUCCUCCCCCUCUCAGCUUUGCUACAUCAAACCUCAGGAGCACUGAGCUUCUCUGCAUCUUACAGAAAGAGAAGAGCAGGCGGCAAAACCACAUAACCCAAGCAAAAGGGCAAACUCCUAACUGGACACUCAAACUGAAAUCUUGGCUCAGUGAAGCUUUACUCUGAUCAUCUUUGGAUAGGUGAUGUUGAAUGUGUGGAGCUGGUACUUAGCUGUCAGAGACUGGCCCUCCAUCACUGAGUCUGAAGGCACAGACAAUCAACCACAGGAUGUGGCAUGUGAGAGGCCUUCAAAGGACCAUAAACUCAAAUGUAGUCCAGUCUGUCUAAGAUUUAAAGUCCAUGGUUGCAGAGACUUUCUUCCAAUAGACACAAGCACCUGCUUCACAUUUGUAACUGAUUGAACAUGGAUUCUUUUUGACACAGAAUGAGAUGUUAAUGGCUCAGUUUCCUAACUGUAUUUAAAAAAGACACGUGACCCAUUAUCAGUACUGCCAUUGUUUAGUUUUAUUUGCGCACAUUGGAAAAUACCAAGAGAUAAUUCUGAUUAAAAAAUAAUUAAUAUAUAACUAACUGAACAACAGGUACAGGACUGCCCCAACAAAAACAAAUGGGAAUUACUAUUAUGCAGUUCAUCAUAGUGACCCAUGAAACACUGCAAUGAGUCCUUCCUUAACAGAUAGAUUCUUUUUUAUGGGCUCAGUAAAAAGUCAUAAAGAUUUUGCAGCUUUAAAUGAAUGUUUGCAAAUGAUUUCUGAGUUUGUAUUUGUAAAUCAAGUUUUGUCAUUCUGUAAAAAAAAAAAAAACAGAAAAAAAUCUGCCUGAAAAAUUUAUUGUUAAGAAAAGGAUUUUUUUCUACUUACUAACUAAACAUUUGUUGUUGUUAGAUUUGUUUUUCUUUGUACAUGUACAAAUGUGCCUUCUGUUGGCUCAUAUUCAUUGGAAAAAUUAGAAGGCCUUUUAAAUGUCACAGAAAGUCUUGUCUCACAGUGGCUACCUUCCCCUUCCAAGUCUGUAUUUAUAAUUUUUCUCAAGUCAGUGACAUUUGCAGUGGUUUACAAAGGUCUGGGCACCUCUGGUUAGAUGUGCGUUAUUGAGGAUAGUUAGGAGAGUUUGAUGAAAAUUGACUUCUGAAUGGUGUAAAGUUAAAGAUAACACAUUUUAAAUAUCUAAAGAAAAAUAAUAUUUUCCGUCUUGUUUGGAUAUAACAGGAAAAAAGUGUCUGAAGUAUGUAGGUGCACCAUUUCUGAUUAAUGUUCAGUAAAGCUCCUUUUUGGAAGUCAUGACAUUCUUCCAAUUCAUGUUUGAGCAAGAUUUUGCCAUGUUUUCUGUUCAUGAUUUCUAAUGUUCUAGGACUGUUUAACGUGUAGUUUUCUUUUUAUUGAGGCUACAUAUGAUUUGAAGGCCAUUUUUUGCCUUUUUUUCCUGAUAUUAAUGAUUUUGAUGUGUGUUUUUCAGUUAAGGUUCAAGAGACUUCCUCUUCAUCUUUUCAUCCUCAGCAUUUUUUACUUACAGUGUGAUAUUUGCUUCCAGAUUUUGAUAUUUAACAAAAUCUUUUUUUUUUUUAAUGUUGUUUUUAUGUUUUAUGCAAUGCUAUGUUUUGCACCUCAGGGCCACCGUUACUUUUCCUGCUUUGGUAACAUUACUUAUUGUUUGGGCAAUGUUUCAGGGGUUAGUGUAUUUAUGAAGUCUUUAAUUAUGUGUCAUGUAUCCUUUUGUAAUGAUUAUUAUGAAUAAGAGAUCCACCUGAUAAGCUAAUUCAUGUGUUAGAAGGUCAAAGCGAUCUAUGAGCUAAAAUAUUUUCACAUUUCCUUGUCUUCCAGUCUAAAACUAUACUAAACAAAAGUAAUGCGGUCAUCUUAAAAUGAUAAGAAAAUUGUUUGAUCAUUAAUAUAAUUGAAUGUGAUUUGUUUUAGAGUAUUUCAUCUCAAAUAAUUCAUAGUAACACAAAUUUUCACUAGAGGUGCCCAGGCUUUCUGGCAUAUCGUUGGUGCUAUAUUGUACAAAGGUAAUGAAUUCCAGUUUUUAUGUUAACUUUUCAUUUAUGUUUUUAUUUUUUCAGAGAAAAAUAGGGCCACAAACCAAAUAAUUAAAAAAGUAAAAACAGA